AUGGAACACAAGCAUGCUUUUGAAGCACUCUAUCGAACUUUGAAGGAUGUGAUGCGUACAUACGGUAAUUCAAAGGAAAUCUUUGGUGGAAAGGUGGUCGUAUUCGGUGGUGAUUUUAGACAGAUUUUGCCCGUUGUUCCUAGAGGAAGUCGUUCCGAUAUCGUACACUCUGCAAUAAAUGCUUCUUACAUAUUGCGGUCGGUUGAAGUUUUGACUUUGACACAGAACAUGCGACUACAAUCCGGCCCAAAUGAACAUGAAAAGAAAGAAAUAGCUGACUUCUCAAAUUGGUUGUUGCAGAUUGGUGAAGGAAAAAUCUCUGAGCCAAAUGAUGGAUUUGCCGACAUUGACUUGCCACAGGAACUUCUGAUAAUGGAUUACAACGAUCCAAUCGUUGCCAUUGUCAAUAGUACUUACCCUGAUUUCAUACAAAAUUACCAAUCUAACGACUACCUCAAAACUCGCGCGAUACUUGCUUCUACAUUAGAAGUUGUCGAUCAAAUUAAUCGUCACGUCCUUAAUUUAAUGCCAGGUGAGAUCAAGGAAUACUACAGCUCAAACACUGUCGACAGGUCGGAAAUUCAUGACACCAAUGUAGUCGAUAUCCUCACACCAGAGUUUCUCAGUUCACUAACUACUUCGGGUUUGCCUAACCACCACAUUAGCCUGAAGGUGGGAACGCCAGUUAUGCUUAUGCGUAACAUAGAUCAGUUGGAGGGUUUGUGUAACGGAACAAGGGUAAUGGUAACUAAGAUGGCCAACCAUGUUAUAGAGGCAAAAAUCAUGGCCGGAAAGAGUUGUGGUAAUUUGGUAUACCUCCCAAGAAUGGACAUGUCUCCCUCUCAAUCCCCUUGGCCUUUCAAACUUAAACGACGUCAGUUUCCAAUAGUUGUUUCAUAUGCAAUGAAGAUCAAUAAAUCUCAGGGACAAUCACUGGAUACGGUCGGACUUUAUUUGCCAAGGGACGUAUUUACUCAUUGA